GUCACGUGCUUCCCUCUGCACUCGCAGUAUCGAUCUCGGGUCCACCCCGUGGCUCGUGCCCACGCCGGACCACCUGCACUCCCUCCUCAGCUCCAUAUUAUCUCUUCAUCAUCCACAUACCAAUCCGAAAUUCUGGGUAGAACGCUUUUGGCACUUCGGCUCCUCCGACUGCCUCAAAUUUCCAUACCCUACUUGAUAAGCCGAGGUCGAGCUGUCGACAAUGCUUGAAGGGAAAGCGGUGAUCGGCGAGACGGACAUGCUUCAGGCCAUGCAGCGGUGCGCGCUGGAUUUGGCUUCCAAGGCUCUCGAUGACUACGACGUCACGGAAGCCACUGACAUUGCCCGCUUCAUCAAGCAGGAGUUCGACAGGACGUACGGGCCCGCGUGGCAGUGCAUAGUGGGGACGGACUUCGGGUCGUUCGUGACGCACCGGUUCGGGUGUUUCAUCUACUUCUGCAUCGGAAGCCUGGCGAUCGUGUUGUUCAGGGGUUCUGCUGGAGCGGAGGCACCUGAUGCGAACCAGUUCGUGACCAGCUUAGAGAGCGUCAAAGCUUAGCUUUGGGCAUUUUCUAUUCUUUUUUUCCCUUUGUGUACCCUGACGCUUCUAGUGUCGUUAGUGGAAAUAGUCGAAAUGUUGCUCCUG